AUGGCGCUGUACAACAAAAAAUAUCCUGAAAAGUCUCAAAUUACACCACAAGGAGCUGGACAACAAGGCCCAAGUGGUGCCGGACAACAAGGACCUGGCGGUCAAGGACCAUACGGACCUGGGGCAGCAGCCGCAGCAGCAGCCGUUGGAGGAUAUGGACCAGGAGCCUCACAACAAGGACCAGGAGGUGCUGGCCAGCAAGGAACCGGUGCUCAAGGACCUUACGGACCAGGUGCCGCAGCCGCCGCAGCAGCCGCUGGAGGAUAUGGACCAGGAGCUGGACAACAAGGUCCAGGAGGUGCCGGUCAACAAGGACCAUAUGGACCAGGAUCUGGACAACAAGGCCCUGGAGGGGCAGGACAACAGGGACCUGGUGGUGCCGGUCAAGGAGGACCUAGUGGACGAGGCCCAUAUGGACCUGGUGCAGCUGCCGCCGCCGCUGCUGCUGGUGGAUAUGGACCUGGAGCUGGUCAACAAGGCCCAGGAGGUGCAGGACAACAAGGACCUGGUGGUGCCGGUCAACAAGGACCUGGAGGCGCCGGUCAAGGAGGACCUGGAGGUCAAGGACCUUAUGGACCUGCAGCAGCCGCCGCCGCAGCAGCAGCUGGAGGAUAUGGACCAGGAGCAGGACAACAAGGUCCUGGAGGGGCAGGACAACAAGGACCUGGUGGUGCCGGCCAACAAGGACCUGGAGGCGCCGGUCAAGGAGGACCUAGUGGACGAGGACCAUAUGACCUUACGGACCAGGUGCAGCCGCAGCAGCAGCAGCCGCUGGAGGAUAUGGACCAGGAGCUGGACAACAAGGCCCAGGUGGAGCAGGACAACAAGGACCUGGAGGAGCAGGACAACAAGGACCAGGAGGUGCCGGCCAACAAGGACCUGGAGGUCAAGGACCUUACGGACCAGGUGCAGCUGCCGCCGCAGCAGCAGCCGCUGGAGGAUUGA